AUGGUGGACCUUUGUCAGUAUGACGUGUCCGACUGUCAAGCAGUGAGUCGAGGGAACAGCUGCACCAUCAGCUGUCGCUUGCCAUACAGCGGCACGUCCUUGACGGCCACCUGUCCACAGAACAACACCGACGCCUUGCAGGGCUUGCAGGUGACUCUACCGAGCUGCAGUUUUCCCACCUGCCCAGAUCCGCAGCAACUGCCGUUGGGCUAUGUGAGACAUGCGAAUGGCAGCUAUGGAUGCGACCAGGACUACAUAGGAACCGCCGUCCGCACCUGUAGUGCCUUCUCCGACCAGGCGCUGGGCAACGCGGCACAAGGUCCCCAAUGCUACACCGAAGCUGUCUUCUCUGGAUGCAAGGUUGUCGCGGAGAUCGUGCCCUGCCAGCCACCCGUGGUGGACAAAUGUCUUCACAACGCCUCCAGCUGCAUGGGACCGGCCCUGCAGCCGGGCGGCGCCUGCGAGAUCGGCUGCCUGUCGCCCUUCUACCGAGGCGAGGCCCGAGCCUCGCGUGGCGGGACGGAGGUGAACGCGGAGGGCUUGGGAUGGAGAUGGCAGGAUUUGAGUGGAUGGCGCCUCAAUGCAGCCGCAGAGCCAAAGUACGAGAGGGGUGUGUGGUGCCCGGAGCCGACCUUGGAGGAAGAGCCUGCCUAUGGGCGCAACCCCGAAGGUGGCAGCAGCCAAGACAGCAGCGGGUGGAUCUGCAACCCCGGCUAUGCUGGCAUAGCACAGGUGUAUUGCCAACUCCUUCCGCCCGUGCACGCCUGGGCCCUGGCCGAUGGGGUCUUCAGAUCCAAGAUGGAUCCUGGAAGUGGCGCUCGCUGUGGAGUGGCGAGGCGGUCCGUGGUGCGUGGAGUGUUCGGCCGUGUCGUUCGUAGCUCCGUGCUGAGGCUCCAGAUGUCGGGCUGCAGUCGACUAGAGCCUUGCGUGCCACUGGUGCGCUUGCCGGCGCCUCCGCCGGCGCGCGGCACGCACGUGCUGCGCGACGGGGAAGGAUUCGAGCUGGAGGUGCACUGCGGCCUCUUGGGCCCCGGCGAGGCGUGCCUGCUGGGCUGCCGAGCGCCCUUCGUGGGGGAGCUGGUGACGGCCAGCUGCCCCGUGGGGAACACCAACCGCUUUCAGGCGCCGGUGCUGAACCGCGCGCCAUUCUGUGAGCUGCGCUGCCCGGAUCCAGAGGAGGCGCCGUGGGGCUAUCGCACACGAGGGCCCAAUCAAUGGGAGUGCACGCCCGACUACACCGGUGAGCCCUUGAAGUACUGCAACGCCUCGGCCGCCUGUAACGCCUCCGCGCUGGCCGACUCAGUGGCGAUCGCGGAGACAAGCAGCCCAGAGGGAGACUGCGAGAACGCGGUGGAACUGGAGAUCUCCUUCACGGGCUGCACCAAGCGUCAGCCCUGUCUUGGACCAGACCUGAGCCUUGGGCUGAGGGUGCGCUGCCGCUUUCCCUUUCAGGGUUCGCCCAGCAUCGCCCGGUGCCCCGCGGACAAUAUUCUCUUGGAGGGUGCAGGCCUGGUCUUUACAAUGCCAGACUGCCAGCUGCCGGAGUGUUACGAUCCAGUGCCUUCAGGUUACCAGUACAGCUUGGACGGCUGGACUUGCGCAGAAGGCUUCCAUGGUUUGGCUCAGCGCUCCUGUAGUACGGACAGCAACUGCGAAGCGGAGAUCGCGUUGACAGGAUGCGAACAAUUGCAACCCUGUCGAAGUCCACCGAUGGAUCGCUGCCGCUACGAUUUCAGUGAUUGUCGCUCCACUGUGGAUGGCAUGACCUGCGACUGGGAUCUUGAAAUGUUGGGAAUUUGGGAUGUCUUUUUGAAUGAAAGGGCUAUUUGA